AUGUCUCGCACGAAUCUUCGCCAGUCGCUGAGACCCUGGUUGCGCAUUGCGCGCAACGCCAACACUGCUCGACCUGCCAGCCUUUCAUCGCACGCCUACAAACCAGUCGCCUCAUCAGCUCGUGCCUCUUCCUUCUCCACGUGCGCCCCGCGGUUCAAGGGCAUUAUGCCCGAUACCGAGAACCCUGCGAAGCCCUCAGCAGAUACAACCUCCGGUGGUCCCGCAAAGCCAGUCGAGCUCACCGAAGCGGAGUACCACGAAGUUGCAGACCACUACCUCGAUCGUGCGCUAGCGAAGUUUGAAGAGAUCCAGGACCAGGCCGACGAGCUUGACGUAGAAUUCGCCUCUGGCGUAAUGACGAUCCGCGUACCUGAGAAAGGCACUUAUGUGCUCAACAAGCAACCGCCAAACAAACAAAUUUGGCUCUCUUCACCAAUCUCGGGCCCCAAAAGAUACGACUGGUGCAUCUUUGGCGACGGUCAAAACGACAAGGAGGGCACUGCGACUGGACACUGGGUGUACGCCCGCGACGGGUCGACGCUAGACAGCCUGAUACUAGAAGAGUUGGGCUAUGACCUGCAAGAGCCUCUCCAUGCUUGGAGUUUCAACAUGGCAUUCGGAAGGAAGUAG